GUAAAGUAAAGGUUAGUGGUGUCGGUGCCGGUCGGUGGUCAUGGCUCUGCCAUAGGAAAAGUCGCUUUAGUCGUCGUAUCAUUUUUUAGCUCCAUCUUCAGGUUCUAAGACAACAUUGUUUAACCCGGAAGAAGAAUUACGAGGUCGCCAUGGGAAGCAAAGUUAGUGGAAAGAUGGCUGCCGCCGGACGGGUCGUUCAGGCCGUGCGACCACACGCACCUUUAAUAAAAUUCCCCAAUCGAAAAGGCACGCCAAGACCAAGUGCUGAAGAAGCACUGAAAAUGAUAGUAGCCAGUCCUGCCCCAGCAACUUCUCCAGUGUCAGCACCAUCACCACCAGUACUACCACCGUCAAGACCACCUGGACUUGUUAGUCGAUUACCUGGUAUCCCAGAUACUGUUGCCACAGCUAGAGAUUUUCCACCAAGGUAUCGCAGGAGGGUACUUGCAGAUGAAGAAAUGGAGUACAUUCAGCGCGGUGGGCCAGAGUGACACCAAGAAUCAGCAAUAUCUACCAGAGUCCUUACUUGUUCAUUUUUGUUUUUCCGUUUAAUGUUGUUGCCUAAUUUUAUUCCUCAACAUAUGAGGGCUUUGCUGCCACGUUUCAUCUUACAAAACACAGAGAAAAAGAACAUAAUUCAAUUUUUAUUUGUGAAAAUGUACAUAAUAAUAUUUUAAGAGAUGUAGAUAUUUUACUGGAUUGUUUUACUCAUUGAUUUAUGGACUGUGUUCUCCCACCUGAAUCUUAACCAAGCAGAGGUUAAAUAUCUUUCAGUAUAUGGUGACAGUCCUGUUCUGGGAAAAGACAAAGUUCAGUUCUCUCAGAAGUACAUCGUACAUCUCUGCUCAUCAUCCAAAGAUGCUUUGUGUGUAAUUGCACAAGUUGCUUAUUAUUACUCACUCCCAGUUAGCUAAUUUUGAACCCAAGCCAGUCCAACUAAGUAAGACAGGUAGAAAAUAUCAGCAUGUACUGUAAGCAGUCCUACUUCUGCUGGAAGAAUAAUAGACUGAAUGUGGUCAUGCUGGGACUUCACUAUUAAAGUAUUUAAUAUGA